UUCAGUGUCGAUCAUGUAGAUAUUUCUAACCGCCAGUUGGUAGACAGAAGCCUCAGUUGUCUUUCCUCCUCCUCCUCGUCCUUAUUUCUCUUCCUGCUCAUACCUGUCUGUCACCAGUUAACACUGGGAAUGUUAGCAACAGCAUCAAAAUACUGCUCUCUGCAUCUGCCACUGGAAUAUUGCUGGAUACAGUGAAGCUCAGAUCUUAAAGAGGAAGAUUAUUAGGAAGGAUGAAUCGCUCCUGUGUCAACUGCUUGAAAUCUAUGGUGGUAACUCUCAACUUCCUGUGCUGGCUGUGCGGUGCAUUUGUGGUGGGGUUGGGGGAGUUCCAGAUGAUUCACUCCAAUUUUGCCUCCCUCAUGCCCACCUUCUGGCCCAUCUACCCCGCCAACACUCUGGUGAUCACCGGUACCAUCGUUACCUGCGUGUGUUAUCUGGGAGUGUUGGGAGGCAUGAAGGAGAACCGCUGCAUGCUCAUCAGUUUUUUCGUCCUGCUGUUCAUCCUGAUGCUGGUGGAGCUGGCCAUGGCCUGUGUGUUCCUGUUCUACAGUAGAGAGCUUGGUUUCUUUGAAAACGACAUGAUGCGAAGCUUGGAGAUCUACAGACAGUCCAGUCCGGAAAGCAACACAACCCUCAAAGAUGACCUUGAUGCUGUCCAAAACCUGCUUAAGUGCUGUGGAGUUCAUGGUGUGGCAGACUGGAAGGGUGACGUCCCAAUCUCCUGUUGUAGCGAUGACCCCUGUAACACCCUCCUCCAAACCAACUGGCAAGAGGGUUGUCUGGUGAAACUGAGGGACUGGUAUUCCAGCAACUAUCGUAGCACAGGUGCAGGCGUUGCCACGAUGUUUAUCACACAGUUUAUUUGUCUGUCUAUCACCAUCCCUCUCUUUUGCCACUUCAGUCGGCAUGGACUGGGUUACCAGUGAAAAAAGGGCCAAUAAAACUGUAUCUACAGUGUCUUUCUGCAACAGAUUGCUUUUCCCUGUCUCAACUUUUUUAUUAUAUCAUCUGUUUCAAAUGCGCAAAAGGUUGACGUUGCUGCCAUCAAAAAGGGAGCCAACAGGGACAAGCUGAGGAUGGCAGCUUGCUAUCACUACUGACAAUGUCCUAUGAGGUGACAGAGCAUUGAAUGUGAUAUGAAAAAUACAAUAGGAGACAUUUAAUCAGUAGAUGAGUUAUGACAUGAUUAUGUAAGACCUGUGCUAAUUCACAAAGACCCCAAGAGAUCCGUUCCUCCAAUGACUGCUAGAAUAGAUGAUAUACACCACUUUGGACACCUGCGUUGGACUUCAAGAACAUUUUGAAUUAGACUUAGAUAAAUUAGAGUUAGAUAAAUCCCUAAAAAAAAUCAAUCCUAUAGGAUUUUUGCCUGUUGUCAUUAUCAAACCCCUGAUACAUUUUUGAGUUUUCAAUCAUUUUUUUUGAUUAUGUGCUUUUGUUUUGAGCAACUGGAAAGGAAGACAGUUAAACUUAAGUACUCUUUUACUCUGCUUAAUAAACUAGAGCAUAUGCUGAUUUAAAUCCA